AUGCAACUACAACAACAGCAACGUCGAAUGUUCACAGCUGCCCUCCUGGCACUUGUUUUCAUUCUGGCAGCUGUGAGUACUACCGAGGCUGGCAAAAAAGAGAAACCAGAGAAAAAGGCAAAGAAGUCUGACUGUGGCGAAUGGCAGUGGAGCGUCUGUGUGCCCACCAGUGGUGACUGUGGCCUGGGAACGCGUGAGGGCACUCGCACUGGAGCUGAAUGCAAACAAACCACCAAGACUCAGAAGUGUAAGAUUCCCUGCAACUGGAAGAAGCAAUUUGGAGCUGAGUGCAAAUACCAGUUCCAGGCCUGGGGAGAAUGUGACUUGAAUACUGCCUUGAAGACUCGAACUGGGAACCUAAAGAGAGCCCUUCAUAAUGCUGACUGCCAGAAGACUGUCACAAUCUCAAAGCCCUGUGGGAAGCUUACCAAACCCAAACCUCAAGAAUCCAAGAAGAAGAAAAAGGAAGGCAAGAAACAAGAGAAGAUGCUGGAUUAAUGGACCCAACUUGGGCAAUGUGAGAAAAGGACAACGGCAAACACGAUCAGUUAACAGUUUCAUUUAUACCUAGGCAUUUUAUCCUAAAAUUAUUUAUAGCUUAAUGGUACCAUAGGAGGAAACAAGGAAACACAGAAAAAAAAAAUACUCAUUUUUUUAUUACUUUAGUAUUUUUAAUGUAUAACCCUAACAACAAUUUUUAGAGGCCUAUAAUAAAGGACUCCAAACUCAUUUAGAAAAUUACACCUAUUGUAUAUUGAACAAUGUAGAGGGGUUUUUAAUUUUUUUUUUAAUCAAGUCUUGCCAUAGGUCUCAAUCUGGUAAUUAGUCCCUGCAAGCAGAACCCAAACCUGUUUGGAGAUUCGCUGAAGUCAGUGGUGUCCUGUGUGAACAUAGGAGUCUAGCUGGGUGCAAUUAUAUAUGAUUGGGACCUUACAUAUGAAAAAACACAGACUUGAUCCUUAAGUUCUUAUACAUCUGGACAAGUGAAGUUUUUGUUUUAGGAAAGAAUGGGGGCAUUUUUGGGGGUAUUUACAGGCAUAGAAUUUUUUAGAUAUGUGGUGAAUGUUCAUUCCAAAAUGCUACCAUCU